GAAGUAAAUUCAAGCCUGAAAUUUCAAAUUUCAAAUACCUAAAGAAGAUGGAGUCACUUCCCGCAAAAAAAAGAAAAAGAAAAAAAAGAAGAAGAUGGAGUCACUAUAACUUUCUUUUUUUGAAUGUCGCACUAUAACUUUCUUGAUCAAGUCCAACGCAAUCUUCUCCUGCAGUCGAAUCGCUCGUUAUGAUCCGUGUUCAGUUUCCAUAAAACAAGCCAAUCUUCCACCGGAAGGAAGCCCGCACGAGCGUUAAAAGUGGCCCGCCCGUUCGCUCCUCUACACAGAUCCAAACCGCCACCACCCAGAAAUUCAAGCAUCCCUCUCCCUCGCCUCCCUCCCUCCAAGCCCAUCCCCAUCCAGAUUCCGGGCCGCCAUGUCGUCGUGGUUUCAGUCCUCCUACGACGACGAGGAUGACGUCAAGCCGGCGGUGACGCAGCAUUGGCGCCGUGACCAUGGCUACGGCUACGGCUACGGCGGGGGAGUUGCCGGGGAGGACGUCAAGCCGCGUCCGGUUCCUUUGGGAGCAGGAGCAGGCCGCCAUGUGCAGGAACAGGACGAUCGGGCGGUGCUCUCUUGGCCUGCACCUCCCCGGCGCCGCCCAGGCAGCGUGCGCCCCGCCCCCUCCCCCCGCUCGCGGAGCCCGAGGCGGCGCCGCCGCGGUGCCGAUCUGCGUGCACACGCAGGCGUUCGCCGCGGGCAUGCGCCUGCCGCUGCACCCCUUCUUCAGCGACGCGCUCGCGCACUACGGCAUCGCGCCGUCGCAGCUCGCGCCCAACGGGUGGCGCGUCCUGGCCGGCUUCGCGGUGCUCUGCCACUUCCGCGGCGCCGGCGCGCCCUCCCUGCCGGUGUUCCGCCACUUCUUCGCCCUCUCGCCGCUCCCCAAUGGGAAGGGCUGGUUCUCCUUCCGCUCCAGGGAGAGCGUCCCGGCGCUCUUCACUGGGCUCCCCACGUCCGUCAAGGGGUGGAAGGAGGAGUUCCUGCUCGUGUCGCCUCCGCCCGGCGCGCCGUGGCGGUGUCCCUUGCGGUGGGGCUCCCCGACGAAAGAGGCGACGAGCGACCCCAUGCUCACCGGGAGCGAUGCGGCCGUGGCGCGCCGGCUGUCGCAGGGGCAGGGCGUCGUCGACCUUAAGACGUACCUGUCCGAGAGCAACCUCGUCGCCGCCAAGAUUAGCCGCGCCCCGUCGUGUCUCCGGACGGGAGCUUCCCAAGGUGCGCCGCCGCCCACAGCCACAGGGAAGAAGAGAAAGGUGGCUGCUGCUGCUGGCGGUGGCGGCGACGAGCUUCGUUCAGAGCUGCGCGCAAAGGAGAUGGCUCUGUCCAAGGCCAAGGGCGAGAUCAGCCAGCUGAAGAAGGAGCUGGGCGAUGCCAAGAAGAGGGAGCUUGCCGAGGCGCAGCAGGCACUGGCCUACGCGGCGCAGGUGCUCAAGCCCGAAGGCGGCGGCAAGGGCCCUGGGGCCGGCAAGCGGCGGCGUGGCGCCCAGUGAUCACGUACGUCGUGACCAACGGUGGGGUUAUGGCCUACGUGUACUCCGCCUGCUGGGUCGAGAUUUUUAGCAAACGUAGUUAUGUUUGAGUUCGCUGGUCAGUAUUACGAACUUACUGUGGAAAUUUGUGGAUUUCUGCAAAGUAUUACUACUAUUAUUGAAA